AGCUUGAAAAACACUUGAGGGGCUCUGUUGCUUGUUAAAUGCUAGCUACUCUAUCCGCCAUGUCUUCAAUGAGAGUAAGAGCUUCAUGGGACACCCAACAGAGGCUUCCCUAUAAUCCUAAUGCUCCCAGAAAUCCCAACAAAAAACCCUUGUCCAAACCCAAUUCUUUGUCUCCCACAACAUCGCCCUUAGCUUCUCCAUCAAUCUCCUUAACUGCCCAAACAGUUUCAGACCUUCUCAAGCGCAACACUAAAGCUCAAGGGGUUUUAACAAAAUUGGAAGAAACUUAUUUAGGAUAUGAGAGAUGGAUGCCAAGUCCACCAAAAGUGGAGAAGCCUCGAUCAAUGUAUAAUGCUGCAAGUUUAGCUUAUAUUGGUGAUAGCAUAUAUGAGCUAUAUGCUCGCAGACAUUUUCUGUUUCCUCCAUUGAGUAUGGAGGAAUACAAUGACCGUGUAAUGGCAGUAGUACGUUGCGAAGCACAGGAUGCAUUGCUUCAGAAACUUCUUAACGAUAAUUGUCUAUCAGCUGAAGAAAGAGAUGUUCUUCGGUGGGGAAAGAAUAUUGGUUCGGCUAAAACUCGGACAAAAAAGCGUGCUGGAGCAGCAGUUUAUAACAGAGCAUCUUCACUGGAAACAUUAAUCGGUUACCUGUACCUGACAAAUGCAGAUCGUUUGGAAGAAAUCAUGCUAAAAUUGGGGUUCUCAACGGAUUCAUCUGCACAAGUGAUCCCAGAAGAAGUUGGGUAAGCUGAAAACAAUGUAGAGUGCACCUUUCAAAUUUGAACCAAACUAGCAACAUCUUUGUAUUCUAUGCUUAUGUUUCCAUGAGAUUCCAGCCAUCAUGCCACAGAAACAUCCAACCAAGGGCAUGGCAUCAUUUGUACAUGGUGCUAGUGCCUAUGAUCUUUAAUUUGUCCUGGUGAGAUAUUUCCUUGUUUUGAGAAUCUUAGGCAAUGAUAAUUUUUUAAUGGAAAUUUCAUGGAAAAUCAUGUU